UCCAUAACCUCACCUUGACCUCACCACAUCAUUGCUGUUCAACUGCAUGUCCUGUAUCUCGCCCAGUCAGGGAUUUCCUUCGACCCUAGUGAACAAUGGCGGGCUUCUGGUAGUUCCCUCGUUGGAGAAAAGGUCAGACAGUUAUGAACGAGCAACAGCCAUCAUGAGUUCCAGCGAAGACGUCAAUAUGAUGGACUUGACGGGGGCACCGACAGCGCCUCCAAGGCGUAUCUUGGCUCUUAUUGAACAACUUCCCUGGGCAGUUCUGGCAAUGAUAUGCACUCAAGCUACGAUAUCUGCUAGCGAUCAGGACAUCAUAGGCAGAACGCCUCUCACCUAUUCACACGUCAACUCGUACUUGCAUCGAAUGACCCUCUCGAUCCCGCAACUCUGGACGUUCAUCGACUAUCGCCUACAUCCGUCGCUCAACCAACUCUUCCUCGAGCGCUCCGCAUCUCAGCCCCUACAUCUCACCAUCGAAACGAACCCUAGCCUGCAGAAAUUAGUCCAGUUCAAUGCCUUAAUCGAAGAACACAUCCAUCGCGUACGCUGCCUCCGUGUACUUCCCUCCCCUUCCUGUCGCGAGAGAGGCGGUCAGACUGUCGAUGCUCCCAUCUUGGAACUUGUCAAUCGAGUCACAUCCCUCGAAUCCCUAACCCUUUCAUUCCCAUGGCGGGAGAUCGAUACGCCACCCGAACUUGACGCCCAGCGCACAUCGAUCCUCGAACCCCUUCGACAUCCACAUUUGAAACAUCUUCGCCUCGAAUAUUUCGUCAGAUUACCGACCUCUAUUACCACGCCUACCAUGCUGACGCAACUCACCCUAUUGCGCCACACCAUCAGUGCAGAAUCUUUAUUCGACUUCCUCGGGUUUCUGACCUUUACCCCAGCUUUGGAGGUCUUGCGGAUAGAGUGCUGCGGACAAGGGGAGGCGUGGCGGCGUUUUCCUGACAUACCAUGUUACCCAGUCAACCUUCCGCGGUUACGAUACUUGUCGAUCACAACAUCACCUGUCAAAAUACUGCAAGAGCUUUUGAGAGCACUACGCACUCCGUCAGGUGUCAUUGUCCGGUGCCAUGUCCGUGACGGUACGGCCUUGGACCUCGAACACCUUGCGUUAUUCCCACAUCCUACCGAGGCGGACACUUGGGAAUCCUUCGAAUUGCUCCGAAAGCCGACCACUCUCCGGAUCCACCAGAGCAAGGACGAAGACGGCGACAUCUUGCUCAAGGCCGGCAACGCAGGGUCCACGUACUCUCUCCGACUGAGCAAGGUCAAAGCCCUCGCCACCUUAUUGCGUACCCUCCCGUCAAUACUCCACAUGGCCUCCGUCCGCGAAUUAUGGCUUGGGCCGAUCCUAGCGAGACCUCAGGACGCAAGAUCGUGGAGACGCGGCUGGCCCGAAGAGUCCUGGCGUACGCUAUUCCUCACACUACCCGCCCUCGAGCUCCUGGCACUACCUCGAGGGGGAUACACGGCCAUCCUCGAUAGUCUUCGACCCUCGCCCGGCGAGACGGAGGCAUUACUCCCAUGUCCUCGUCUGUCCACCGUACACGUCUUCCCAUCCGUUUCUUCGUUCGACGAAAGUCUACGCCGAUUCCUUCAAACCCGCGCGGAGUUGGACCAUCCGAUCCAGCACCUUCACUGCCACAUAUAUCCACCGCGUUGGUGGUAUGGCGAAUGGACACCUGUUGUGGAUCUCCGGUGGCUGCAUGCGAAGCCUAGCGAGUGGUGGGAGAAGGCGCCGGUAUCGAGGUUGGGCGAUGAUGGAUGGGAUUCGAAUGCGAGGUAUCCACAUUGUUCAGAUGUUACGGGAGAUGAUGUUGGGGAGGAGAUCAUGGAUAAAGUUGGGGAGAUUUCGGCGGUACAGUCGCGAUUGGCGGUGUGGGAAAGGUGGGAGAAUGAGCAGUAAUAUUAUGUCUAGCAAUACUGGUUCGCAUCCGUUUUCUCGUCGUACUUGUUGUCGUGGUUGUAUUAGCAUCGUCUCGGACUCUGGAUGUAUCAUAACUUGCAUUUACGUUACGCUUUGGACAAUCUCAGAGAGGG